AUGAACAUAAAGCGCCAGAGCAAGGGCGUGCGGGGUGCUGAGCCUUUGGGGAGGUGCUGCUCUCUUUGGUGGCAGCCUGGAGUCCUACCAGGUUACAACGACUUUGAGCUAGAGCAUGAAAUAUUGGCAUUGCUGUACAGUCAGAGGGAAGAUGUAGAUUGGGUUACAGAAAACAGAUCAGACCUUGAAGAUUUACACCUUUAUGCAACUCCUCGGGAGCAACGGUUUCGUAGGUUUGCCAGUUUAGAAUUUGAAGGACAGCUCUAUAUGACUCCAUAUGACUUCAUUCAGGCUGUCACAAAUGAUGAACCCAAACGUGCUAAAAAGUGGCGAUCCCUUUCCAAGCAGGAACUGAAUCAGAUCCUUAUGGAGACACCACCAGUUUGGAAAGGAUCAUCCAAACUUUUCCGUAAUCUUAAUGAGAAAGGUGUGAUAUCUUACACAGAAUAUUUAUUUCUCCUAUGUAUUUUAACAAAGCCACAUGCAGGUUUUAGAAUCGCUUUCAACAUGUUUGAUACUGACGGCAAUGAGAUGGUGGACAAAAAGGAAUUCUUAGUGCUACAAGAGAUUUUCAGGAAGAAAAAUGAGAAGAGAGAAAGAAAAGGAGAUGAAGAAAAACGUGCAAUGUUGCGUCUUCAACUUUAUGGAUAUCAUACUUCUACUAACAGUGUUCUUAAAACAGAAGGAGAGGACGUUGUCCCCAGAAGCUACUGGGAUACUUUGAGACGUAGCACAAGCCAAGCGCUCUUUUCAGACCUUGCGGAGCGUGCUGAUGAUAUGUCAAGUUCACUGUCAGAUACUACGUUGCUUGUACACUUUUUCGGCAAGAAAGGAAAAGCUGAACUGAACUUCGAAGAUUUUUAUAGAUUUAUGGAUAACCUACAAACUGAGGUUCUAGAGAUAGAAUUCCUUUCCUACUCUAACGGGAUGAACACCAUCAGUGAGGAAGACUUUGCCCAUAUUCUUUUGAGGUAUACAAAUGUGGAAAAUACAUCAACUUACCUGGAAAACAUGCGCUGCAGGAUUCCUGAAGAAAAGGGUAUCACAUUUGAUGAGUUUAGAUCAUUUUUCCAAUUCUUGAACAACCUAGAAGACUUCACAAUUGCAAUGCAAAUGUAUAACUUUGCAAGUCGUUCCAUAGGUCAGGAUGAAUUCAAACGUGCUGUGUAUGUAGCUACAGGUGUGAAGCUUUCACCACAUUUGGUGAACACAGUGUUCAAGAUUUUUGAUGUCGACAGAGAUGAUCAGUUGAGUUAUAAGGAGUUUAUCGGCAUUAUGAAAGACAGACUCAAUCGAGGGUUUAGGGGCUACAAACCUAUACAGAGGUAUACUACUUUCAAAUCCUGCGUGAGGAAGGAGCUCUAUAGCAGAUAAAUGACGGAGACCCCAAAGCAUGGGUGGAAGGAGUAUUACUCUUGCGUGAUGACUGUAACCAGUGAACAUCUCCGAGAUCUGUGGAAGCAAUUUCGGAGACGAGAUAUGCUGAGAUAAAGGAAGAAAGAAGGAUUAUCUGCCCUGGCUAGAACUAUUUAUUCCUAUGAAUCCUCAUUGAAGAGCAAACUAACCCAGGUGAACUGUGAAUCUUCCAGCUGCAGCAGACUUCUUUUCCACUUAACGUAGUG